CGACGGGCGUCUACAUGGAGAGUUUAGCUCAGCUCUCGAGAUUGGUCGUCGGUGUAAAUUAUGUCAAUAGAUUGUGAUUAAAUGGCAAAAACUGAGGAGGGCAAUGGACUGGAUUUGCGGGGCAGCUCGGAGAAGCUGACCGAUAAUGUGACGGGCCUGGAGGUAAACGGCGGUGUUACCCCCGAGGACACACCGGUGGACAGGUACGGAUUCACCGGUGGAGCUCAGCAGAUCUCCGGAGACUGUGCUGAAGUCAUCCCCAUCGAGGUGCUGAGGCAGCGGGAGGUGAAAUGGCUGGAGAUGCUCAACAGCUGGGACAAGUGGAUGGCCAAAAAACACAAGAAGGUGAAGGAGCGCUGUCAGAAGGGAAUCCCCCCAUCCCUGCGAGGCCGCACCUGGCUCUACCUUACUGGGGGCAAAGUGAAAAGGGAGCAAAACCAGGGCAAGUUUGAGGAACUGGACAGCCAGCCAGGAGAUCCCAAAUGGGUAGAUAUUAUUGAGAGGGACCUCCAUCGACAGUUCCCCUUCCACGAAAUGUUUGCGGCGAGAGGGGGUCAUGGGCAGCAGGACUUGUUCCGCGUGCUGAAGGCCUACAGUCUGUAUCGUCCUGAGGAGGGAUACUGUCAGGCUCAGGCUCCUGUCGCAGCUGUACUGCUCAUGCACAUGCCAGCUGAGGAUGCGUUUUGGGUUCUUGUCCAAAUUUGUGAGAAAUAUCUUCCAGGAUACUACAGCACAGGGCUGGAGGCGAUCCAGCUGGAUGGGGAGAUCCUGUAUGCUCUGCUGCGGCGGGUGUCUCCCGUGGCCCACCGUCACCUGAAGAAGCACAAGCUGGAGCCCAUCCUGUACAUGACCGAGUGGUUCAUGUGCGCUUUCUCUCGGACGCUGCCGUGGGCCUCAGUGCUGCGAGUCUGGGACAUGUUCCUUUGUGAGGGAGUGAAGAUCCUCUUCCGAGUGGGCCUAGUUCUCCUGAAAUGUAUGCUGGGAUCCCAAGAGAAACUGAAGGCCUGUCAGGGUCUCUAUGAAACGAUGGAGCGUCUCCGAGCUAUACAGCCACAGUACAUGCAAGAAACCUUCCUAGUGAAUGAGAUUAUAGAGUUGCCCGUGUCUGAGAAAGACAUCGAGAAGGAACACAAUGCUCAACUGCGGCGCUGGAAAGAGUCUCGUGGAGAUCUGCAUUGUAAAUCCCCUCCCAGGAUGCAUGGUGCCAAGGCCAUCAUGACUGCAGAGCCGCCCAGCCGACAGGACCUGAGACAGAGGCCCACCAUCAUCGUGGAGUCUCCCCUGGCAACCAAGACAGACCAGGAGACAGCGGAGGAUGCCAAGGACAGUAGAAAGACUAAAGAGGAAAAUCAGAAGAAAACUAUCCUGCCACCAGAAGAGACUGUUAAUCCUUACCCUCCUCCCAGUGAUCCUUCACCUCUCCAUCAACACAUGACUCUAAAAGAGUCCAAAGAGAGUCUGAGCAGUGCAGAACACGACACCUACCUGUAGGGUGAGUGUCACCAGUUUACACACAUGCAUCAUUCCAGCCUUUUUCUGACUUAUCAGUUACAGUAAUCACAAGUGUCAGUCACAGUCGUCAGUGACAUGACGAACCUUUAAGUCUGACGCAGU